UGCUUCCCCGCCAGAAACUGAGUGUCGCCAAUUACGCCUGCUGCCGUCGACAAUGGGUUCAGAACCAGCAGAUAAUUCACCAAUCGAUGGAGGGGACCUUUUUGAUGGAGUUGUUUAUUAUUUAUCACCGAGCUUGAAGAGCGACAUUGUAGAGUCCAUACGGGGUAUACUGAGUGCCAAUAGUGGGCGAGAAGUGAUGCGACGCAAUGCUCAUCAAGCUACUCACAUAAUAUCUGUGUCUCAUGGACUCGAAAGCGCCGACCUAGAUCCUAAGCUUCCCUCUGUUCCUGCUCAGGUGGUCGUAACAAUUCCUCCAGGCGAUCGCGAGGUCAUUGCGGCGGGGAUUCAGUCAUUGGGUGGUCAAUGGCGCUACGGGCUCACUAGAGAAGUUACCCACUUAUUCACACUUUCGCCCACGGGGGAAAAAUACGAUUCUGCAAUGCAUUAUUAUGCACUUGUAAAGCACCCUUACAUCGUAACUCCGCACUGGUUCGAUGACUCCAUAAAGUGUCGAAGACGUCAAAAUGUAGACCAAUAUCUCUUCCCUGACCCUGACGUUCUGCGUUCAGGUUUCUCACUCGACAGCUGGGAGUUUCGUCGGAACUCAGAGAUGAGAGUGAUUUGGAGGACCGAUUUCGUCGACUAUCCCACCCAGAGGUUGUUCGGAGCAACAAGCGCCCUACAGGCACAAAACGAGAAGCAACUGAUAGUCGUGCGGACAGAAUGGAGAGCUUCCCAUCCAAAUGACAACAUCUGGGAUGGCCGGAGGGUGCUUCUGAGCUCCCUCCUCCAGAUGGGUAAGGGGCGACGUCAAGCUGUGGAGUCCGAACUGGUGAAAGCAGGGGCAAAAAUCGUCGAUCCUCAAACUCUGGACGCGAGCUCCUUUGACGUGCUUAUCGUGCCUCAUGCCGACGGACCACAUUUUGAAAUGGCCGAAACCAAUGGCGAGAAACUCAUCGGUACCCUUGCUUGGUUGUUUCAUGUUCAUGGAACUGGUCGUUUUACCAGCCCUCACGACCAUCUUCUACAUAUGCCACGACCUAUUGGAAGUAUUCCGGGAUUUAAGGGAAAGAGAAUAUCGUUAACAAACUAUGCUGGUCAUUCCAGGGAGUUUCUCAAAGAACUUAUUGUUCGUGUUGGGGCUGAUUUCAGUGGAGAGUUGAAACAUAGGGAGUGUGAUAUCCUCAUUGCCGCAACGACUUUCGGGAAAAAGGUCGAGAGAGCCAUGCAGUGGACGAUACCUGUAGUGAAUCAUACAUGGCUUGAGGACUGCUUCAGGCAGUGGAGGUAUAUUGAACCCAGUGCCAAGUUGGGCGCUUAUACUGUGUUUCCUCCCGGAGUUGACUGGUCAGAUAGCCUCGACUUGCGUGCUCACGACAGCGACCGAUCAGCAGUCCAUCCUGGUCCACCAGCUCCAUCCACGCCUGUUAGGCAACCAUCUCCUGGGCCGUCAAAAGCAAACGCUGCGUCCACCCGGUUACCCUCAUCGAACAGGGUUAGUGAAGACCCCUUUGCUGCCUCGUUUAAGCCUAUGGAAGUUGUUGAACCCAUUCCACCUCUAUCAUCUGAGCGGGGCGGUAGUAUUCUCGAAAUAGAACGGACUGUAACAGAUGUGGCCGGAACCUUGGAACCCUCGAGUGCGCUUCCCUCGACUGUUAUGGACAUCUCGGAUGAUGAGGUACCUGGACCGGUGGCAACGGAAACUUUAUCGCAGCCGCAGGCCGCAGACGACAUGGCUGUGGAUAGCCCUCCUUCCAAUAUUAAUGUUGGGCAGGAGGUUAGACAAACUGCGUCUCCCCCACUUUCUGACCGUGAUGAUACUCCACGCAAGAAUUCAAGCCUAUAUCCGCGGCGCUCGAAUAGGUCUAUCCCCAGGAGUCAAGUGAUACCACUUGAUCUGGAUGAUGAUUCUGACCAGGCUCCAGACGCCGAUGAACUUAUUCGAAGGAGCUACGCAAAAUCACAAGCAAAGUUAACAUCCACUUCACCCCAACAGCUCCUUCGGAAUGAGGACACUAAAGACGAACCAACCUCCAAACAAAUUGGGACCUCUCAGACCACCAAAUCCACUGAACGUACUGUGGAAAUUACGCAGGAGCGUGAUAGCGAAUACCGUGACCCAAAGAGCGUCGUAGCGACUAACGGGGCACCUGUGGAAGUGCGGUCCAGUAAGAUCGAUAAUGAUGCUCCACUCAAAUCCAAGAAGCCCAAUUCAAAACCACCGAGACCCACCAAAGAAGAGGAGGACAGGGUGUACAGAGAAGUUGCAGAAGCAUACAGACAGCGGUCCUCUGGACGGGUCCCGAAACGGCCAUUAUUGCCCACCAAUCCAACCAUGAAUCGACUUCCUCCCGAAGAAAAGGCACGAUUGCAGAGGGAGAGGGAAAAGGCCGCUUCCCUCAAUCCGAAAAAAGCACAAGUCCUCCAACGUAAGAGGGCGGCUGUGGACAAUGCCAAUUCAGGGUCAUCGAAACACGUUCAGAUGGGUGCCCUGGCUUCACGCCGAGCGGCUGCCAUGAAGGCCGAGAAAGGCUUGUCAACACAAAUGGAAGAUGCUAAUGCGUUUGCAGCUAGCCUCAAGUCCAGCAGGGGGGAUAUCCGGAGACUCAGUCUCGGUAAGCGUAGCCGAGAGGAAGAUACGAAUUCCUCAAGCGAAUCGUCUGAGGCGGAAAAAGAUCGUAAAGUCCGGAAGAUUGAAGCAAAGAUUACCGGGGCCGAGAAGGUUGAUAAGGGGAAGAAUCGCGAAACGGCGGAUGUGAGGGUUCUGGUGACAAUGUGCAACAUUGAGGCUGCAGUCCAAAAAACUCUCAAAAAACUCGGCGUGGCUUUCACAGAAGAUCCCGACAAAUGCACCCAUAUAGUUAGUAAAGGGAUAGUCCGGACCCAAAAGUUUGUGCGCGCGAUGUGCGUUGUGAAAUUUGCCUUAAUGCCUUCAUGGUUGGAGGAUAGCGCCAAAGUCGGCCGUCUUCUAGGAGAGGAGUCAUACUGGAUACAGGACAAAGAAAAAGAGACCCAGUUCAACUUCAAUCUUAAGGCGACCCUGACCAAGGAUCGGAGCGUUCCAGUCUUCGAUGGCAUUACGUUCUAUACGACAGAGAAGAUUGGUAUGGAUUUUGAUACCUUGAAGCAUGUCGUCACAAGCGCUGGAGGACAACUUCUGAAAUCAUUGUCGCCAUCGGCCAAAAUCCUUCGGAAACCCAACUGCUACUUGGUCUCGUCUCCCGAAGAUAGGAAAGUAUGGGAGGACCUCAAACAUGCAGACGGCAGUCCUCUCCCUGUCUACAAUUUUCAUUUCGUAGUCAAUAGCGUCCUUCGCCAACAAUUGGAUUGGGACGGGGAGGUUCAACCGGUGCGAGUUGAUGGGGAUGCUUAAGUGUUUCAGUUUUGGUUACAACCCUAUCAGUUGUACGAGUGUAUUUUAGCUCUAUCGCGCGGACACUUGUGUUAAUAUCAUAACCACUCAUUGAUU